GAGACUCGUGUCGAUAUGGACAUUAGCCAUCGCCAUUCUCUUCACCAUAACAAUGCCGGCGGCCUUUUAGGGAGCGCUAGCGACACUGUUCUCCACUUAUCUCGGAGUUUAAAAAUAAACCCAGUGAGAUGCCUGACCCCCCAGAAACAGCCCCAGCCCCCCCGAUCAUAUAAGACUCAAGAGGAGAGCCGGAGCUGGCCUCUCGGACGUCAGCCUUUCUUCAAGCAUCUCUGCUGGUACAUCAGAAUAAAAAUGUCAGACAACGAAGAAGUGGAGGAGUACGAGGAGCAGGAGGAGGUGCAAGAGGAGGAGCAGGAGGAGGAGCGUGAGGAGGAGCUGGAGGAGGAGCAGCGUGAAGAAGAGGCUCACGAGGAAGAAGCAGGAGGAGAGGAAGAGACCACUCAGGAACACGACGGUGAAGAAGAGACAGAGGACGGAGGAGAAGAGGCAAAACCCAAAUUCCUAAAACCUUUUAUGUUGCCAAACCUGGUUCCCCCAAAGAUUCCAGAUGGAGAAAGAGUUGAUUUCGAUGACAUCCACCGCAAGCGUAUGGAGAAGGACCUGAAUGAGCUCCAGACGCUGAUCGAGGCUCACUUUGAAAGCCGCAAGAAGGAGGAGGAGGAACUCAUCAGUCUAAAAGAAAGGAUUGAGAAACGGCGCUCCGAGCGAGCAGAGCAGCAGAGGAUCCGCAGCGAGAGAGAGAGGGAGCGACAGAAGCGUCUGGAGGACGAAAGAGCUCGCAAGGAGGAAGAGGAAGCCAAAAAGAGAGCGGAGGACGACGCCAAGAAGAAAAAGACGCUCACCAGCCUGCACUUCGGCGGCUACAUGCAGAAGAUAGAGAGACGGAGCGGAAAGAAACAGACUGAGAGAGAGAAGAAGAAGAAGAUUCUAGGUGAUCGGCGCAAACCUCUGGACAUCGACAAUGCCAACGACUCGGUGCUCAGGGAGAAAGCAAAAGAACUGUGGAGCUGGAUGUGUGAACUAGAAGCAGAGAAGUUCGAGUUACAGUACCAGUUUACCCAUCAGAAAUAUGAGAUCAACGUCCUGAGGAACAGAGUCAGUGAUCACCAGAAAACGUCAAAGAGAACCAAGAGAGGCCUCAGGAAGUGAAAGCUGUGCUCAGAGACAAACUGGACCCCUCACAAACCCACAGAGAUCAUGAAGAGAUUGUCCAAGAGUGUUGUUUCUCUGUUUUUCGCUUUACAUAUUCUGUUGCUUUUAGUUAGUCCUCACUGAAGAAACACUGUAGAUUGUGUCUGAACAACUGAAAAUUAAGCAUAACAAUUAAAGUUACUAACUUCUGUACAGAACCAAUCGUUUUAUUUAGCAAUAAUGCGCUCAGUUGAUCCAAAAGUGACAGUAAAAGACAUUUAUAAUGUUACAAAAGAUUUCUGGUGGGGUUUUUUGAUAUAAUAAUCUCGAUAUAAGGCCUAUACCGAUAUUUUCAACAGUUUUCAAAACUGAUCAUAUUGCCUGAUUUCUGAUGGACUAAAUGGUGAAAAUUCAGCUUUGCAUUACAGGAAUAAUUGACAUUUUAAAAUAUAAGUUGAAAACUAAGUGACUUGUCUUCCCUGCCACCCCCAACUCUACAGAACGAUUUCGUCCUUUCCAAAAGUGUAGGCCUAAACCUCAACGCUGACUUUAAUACGUGUCUGAGAGAAACAGGACUUGAUUUUAUCAAUCAGCAGUUGAUUGAAGGGUAAAAAAGUGGGCCGUUACAUCUACAUAUGGAGCCAGAAUCAAUGCAAAUCCGCUAAAACAAUAGCCACUCACUACACUCCAUCACAAUAUUUCCAGAAAGCAAUGGUCCCAGUAAUCGCGAGCAGAACACUUUAAUGCACUUCUCUUUUUUUUCGUAGUUUAAGCUCUCAUACAUUGUGACAGGAAUGAAGGAACUUUAUAAUUGCGCUGUGGUAUGUGUGUGACUCAUAAAAGCGUCUGCUGGCUCGUCGCCCACCGUUUCUAGGGUAGGGUGGAGAUCUUGGGUAAACAUAAAACGAGCAGAUCAAUUAAUUCUUGAGAAGUGAUAAAUAAAUGUCUGCUUUCUGAGGGGAACAUUACAUUCCAUAAUCUCUCUGUGCAGUGAAGACAUAUGUUUGAGGUUUAACUGUAUUUUGACUUCAAAAUCACAAAAAGGAAGUCUUGUCAGCCAACCAGCCAUAUUUCUUACGAUGAUUGAUUUGAGGUAAAAACUGGAUGAGAGGGUUAAUUGAUUCAAUGCAUUUAUGCGCAACAUGCACUGUUUAAAAAAAGCAACACACGUAAAACACGUACAAGCAUAAAAGCAGCAAACAAUAAAGCAUUUCUUCUUGAAUUGCACAUUUAUUUUAAAAAUGCAUUCCUACGCAAGAUUAAAAAAAAAGCACAUUAUUGGUCUUGCAGAUGCUAAAUGUAAUUGUACACAGCAACAUUUUUUUUUAAUACAAAAAUAUUAUCACUUUUAGUAUGUAAAUGUUCCGCUUGUCUGUAUCCAUUUAGCUUUUCUGAAAACAUUAAUAAAAUGAAAAAAAAAGAAAAAAAAAAGAAAAAAGAUCUCCCACAAGCAUUUCAAACACACUCCAGCAGAACAAACGUCCAAUAAGAAUAAUAUUCACAAAAUAUAAUAAUCACAGACAUUCAGCAAACAGCACACAAAAAGGCAAGUUUGGUUAAAAAGAAAGAAAAAAGGUCAAUCAAAAUAUAUUACUGUAUAUCUGGAAAUUAAUUCACUUUUCAUUUACUGCUCUAAGCAGCCUGUUGACGAACAAAAAUGUAAUUUUGUUUUUCAUCCAUGUGAAUGCGUCCAGCUCUGCCUCAAACACAACCGUACCCAAAAAACCAAAGACAUCUUUACGCUGUCAAAAACGAACAUGAGCCACAUCUAAAGCUGCAUGCCACUCGACUGCAUAGUCCUUUUCAUAUAAUGUAUUUACAGUAGAAUUAUGUGUGGCUAACGAUGUAAAACAGAAACGACAGAUAUUGCCACGAGUACUUCAAAGUUUAAGGUUCACUUAGGUUGAAGACGAUGAGAUCCAGAACUGCCAAUGCUAAGUUCAAUUAAAACUAAUAAAUCUUUUUUUUUUUUUUUUUUUCAAAUCAAAUCAACAA